AUGCGCGUUGUCGGUGCCUGGUUCGCUCUUUUCGCCCUCGUUGCUUCUCUCCACGUUUCUUUUGGAGUGAAACGAACCGAAGAAGCUCCUGCUGCAGCGGUACGGCCUCCGGAUGGCGUCUGGGAUCGCCAGAAGAAAGCCGCGGACGACCUGUGGGAAGAGCUGACGGAGGGUGGCCGGAGAGCAACCGAUCACGAGCAUUGGGAGAGGAUCGUGCGGCGAUCAUCGCUUGAAUGGUACGACCCGUACUACGAGGACGAUACGCAGCACAUCGUCGACGUGCAAGACUACUACCGCUACGUCCUGGAGCAAGACUGGUACGCGGAGCCGCAACAAGAUCAGCUCGCGAGCAUCCUGCACGACUGGCGCGGGGAUCAGGCCAGAAUCCAGAUGGAGGACGACUACAUGUACAUGGAGAAACCCAUCCCCGGGCGCUACAUAGUGAUGCUGGACGCGUCUGCAAACGAAAGAAUGCUGGACCAUGCCAUAACCGUUUUACAGCGGGCGCAUGUGGAGAGCGAAGGAAAGAUUCGCACUGAGCACAUCACACCCAUAAGAAAUCUUGGCCUCGGUUUCACAGCCACAAUGAACAACAAAGCUGUGACAUUGAUAACGAAGUACCCUUACCUGGAGGUGAUAGAGGAAGACGUCGCUGUGAAACGCUCCACUCGGCAACUCUCCAAGGCAGACUACGAAAAAGCAGAGCAGCAUUUGUCUGGAGUCCAGUGGAACCUCGACAGAAUCGACCAGCGAAACAACCACCUCGACGGAGUAUUCAAACCAGAAGGAACCGGAGAUAUGGCAAGCAUAUAUAUCAUAGACACUGGCGUGCGAUACACGCACGAAGAGUUUGAAGGCAGGGCAAAGUAUGCUGGUUUUGAUGCCAUUGACAAGUUGACAGGCUCCUCGCAGCAAGGUGCCGAUUGUCAGGGCCACGGGACACACUGCGCCGCAACUGCAGCCGGCAAGAAAUACGGAGUGGCCAAAAAGGCCAAGAUCUACAGUCUGCGUGCACUGGGAUGCGGCGGUUCUGGAGCUGUGAGUGGAAUUGUUGAAGGGAUGGAUUUCGUCGCCAAGCAAGUCGAUAAGGGAGUGCACAGUGGACCAGUUGUGUUUUCAAUGUCUCUUGGAGUCAAGGCCUCUGUUUCACUCAAUGCUGCAAUUAAGAGAGUCACGGAAAAGGGUAUCGUUGCCGUCAGUGCAGCCGGGAACCAGGGGGGAGACUCCUGUAAUUACAGCCCUGCAAGUGCACGGGUUGGAAUCGCGGUCGGUGCAACAAACAAAGAAGACGACAUGGUUACAUUCUCCAAUGCCGGCGAGUGCACAGACAUAUAUGCACCAGGUGUUGCGAUCAAGAGUGCCACAUCCAAAUGCGAUACAUGUACUCUGACGCUUUCCGGGACCUCCAUGGCAGCGCCACACGUCGCUGGGUACAUGGCCAUUCUCAUGUCUCUCUAUCCCCACAUGUCGGCCACGCAGGCCAAGGGGCACCUCGUGACUCAGUCGACCAAAGGUGCAGUGGGUCUGGCGGCCAUAUCCAGCUCCCUGGCCUCCAGAACACCCAAUCGAUUCCUCUACGUUGCUGCUCAAGAUGUCGAUACAUCUACAAGGGCCCACAUCCCCUAUUGGCGACCUUGA